AGAGGCAGGCUGAGCGUUCACGGCCCGGGCGUAGGUAGAUCACCGGACAAAUCCAGAUCGAGAGGAACUGUGAGGAAACAGAGAGGGAGAUUUCACACAGAGGAGAGAAGCGUGUGUUUGCAGCGGAGCAUUGUGGGACUGUUUGGGGGCAACAGGAGCCGGCGGUGGACAGGUGGAGGACGGCCGCCGAGCCUGAGGGGAGGCUGUGAAAAGGGGAAAGGUGCCAAGUGAUGGAGCUUGAGGCAACAAGCAGGAGGACCCAACUAGUCAGAAUGGAGGACCAGGACAGAGUGAGCCAGAGUUCCAGCGUCGCCACCAUCUCCUAUUUUCCAGUCAGACAGGAAAGCGAUGGAAAGGUGCAAGCCUUUGGGAAAAGAUGCCAGGCCGCCAAGAGAGACCCAAACUGUCCUGUAGUUAUUCGAGGAUGGCUCAACAAAAAAGAUAGCUCUGGUUUGAAGCUCUGGAAGAGACGAUGGUUUGUCCUCUCCAACUACUGUCUGUUCUACUAUAAAGACAGCAGAGAAGAAUUGGUGCUCGGCAGCAUCCCACUCCCCAGCUACAAAAUCCUGUUCUGCACGCCGCGAGAAUGCAAGAACAGAAAGUUCACCUUCAAGGUGGUGCACCAGGGAAUGCGUUCUUAUUUCUUCAGCGCCGACACUCAGGAGGACAUGUUGGGUUGGGUCCGAGCCCUCAGCCAGUCAGCGUCGAUGGAUGGAGACAGCUACAUGAACAGGCGCUGCUCAAGUUAUCAGGAUUUCACACAGAUAGGUGGCAGCAGUGAAUCGGUGGACUUCCCCAAAUCCCCCUCAGAUGGAGAGGGUCCCUCCCAAAAGCACAGGCACGUCAGCAGGACUGUGAGCGAACCGAGUCAGCUCAGCGGCGGGAGAAUGGGGACGUCGCACUCACAGCAGAGGGGGAGGCGGCGUGUGCGUCACAGAAACAGCAGCCCGUCGAACACAUCACCCAGUCCCCCUGAAUUCAGCAGGAGAAGAGCCUGUGCUGCACAUCAAGAGGAGGAUUCUUUCCUGGGGCUAAACACACCACCCACGGAGACGAUGGGAACAGGCUCCCUGACCUCCAGAGGUCAGCUGGGGUCACGACCCCACACGCCGGUGGGAAGGGUCGACAUUCGACCAUACGAUGAGCUGGUCAUGCCGCCACAGACCCUGUACUACGCACCUUCCUCUCCUAAUCUGGAGUUCAAGUCCACUCCUACUACUCCAGUGACAGAGAGGUGGCAGAGCAAGCCCACACCUACCUAUGGUUCAGUUCAUCACAUGCCGGGUGGAAGGAGGCCGUUAGGAAAGAGCUACUCCACGGGGGCUAACGCAGACUUACUGCCCCCUUUGCCCCCGUCGUCCAGGGCCGCACACGCCCCCCACCCACCACACCAGCACCACCACCAUCACCACCACCACCGCAACCAUUUGUCUGUCUGUGUGCUGCCGCCGGCUACGGCCCAGAAGCCUGACCCGAGGGAAGCUGCACCAAUCAGACCUCUGGAAAGUGAUGCAGAUGCUCUGUUGACAAGGUUGUGCGGGUGUGAUAAGCUGCUUCAAUCGCUGUCUAUAGAACUGUCCCAGCUACAAAUGGAUAAGGACAGUGUCCACUGUGCAUUGGAGGUGUCCAGGCUGCAGCUGGAUGAGUGGCAGAGUCAGGGGCCAAGUGCCCAGGAGGAGGCGCUCAUCCAGAAGGCUUUGCUCCAGGAAGACCUGGUUACCAUCCGGGCCAGAAUGUGUGACGCAUCAUUGGAAAUCGAGAGGGUGUGGAGUCAAUAUGAGCGAAUGGAAAGCGAACUGUCUGUGCUACGCUCGCACCUUCAGCACAUCUGUACCUUUGGAAUGCCACAGGAGCAGUCUCAGGCUCAGAGAGAGCUGUGGAUGAUGGAGGACAUCCUCGCCGGACUGAAGGUCAACAGGGAUCAUUUCCGCUUCAUGUUGGGGCUCCAGAGGCACCACGUGUUCCAGCCAGCUGCCCCACAUCCUGGAUCCCCUGGCUCACCCACAAAGAGGCAGCAGAGUGGACUGCCAAUGGAUGAGGAACAGGAGCCACCUGCCCGUCCAGCAUUACCCCAGGAGCUACAGGAGAGCCAACAGAGCAGGGACCAGGGCCAUGACUACACAGAGUCACUAUAUGAGGGAAUCUACAGCCACACUGUUGAGCCUGCCCAUAGAAGAGGGAACCGCCGGCCUGACCUCCUUAUUGUGAAAGCACAGAGAGACAAAUCUGAAUCCCAGUCUGGUUCAAAGUGGAACCCAGCAGACAGCCAAUCAAGCAAGAAGGCGAAGAUGAGUGAAGAGGAGCAGAUAGAGAGGAUGAAGAGAAAUCAGCAGAGGAUGACUAAUAGGAAGAAACCUCCCAUGUCCCCUAUGGGCACCCAGAGUCAAGGUUCAGACCCACGAGAGGAGGCUCCCUUUCCUUUGAGGGUGACACGAGUUGUAACAGCCGUACUGCCGUCCUCUCUUGUGGCCCGGCGGGUUUCAGUCGAGGAUCCCCCCGCUGAGCUCGACAAUCCACUGCCCGAGCAGAUCCCACCAGAGCUGCAGCAGAGGCCGGCUGAGCACAGACAAAAAUUGUUGAAUAAGCCACCUCGGCGUCUGCUGCCAGAGAGCCCAGAUCAAAACCGGUACUCGGUGGAAAUGCACCGGGAUCAGCCUGUUACAAAGACAAGCAGACAGCAGCAUCCGGGAGCGCUGAGGUCUAACAAGACAGAGUCCCGGCCAGAAGCCAGCAGAGCAGAGUGUUCAAGGAAUCCAGCUCGAGACCAUGCAGGGUUAGGAAAUGAGAGUGUUGGCCUGGAAGUUAUGGAGGAAGAACGACCCUCUGCCCUCUUGACCCCUGACAUGGACUCUGACCUCUGUCUGACCCCUGAGCAGAGAGAGGCCAAACUCCGACGUGUGGAACGGAUACGGGAGAGAGUCGUACGGAGCGCAGUCAGAGAGAGUGCUACAACACACAGCCAACUACCAAUCAGGGUCAAGGGGCAGGAAGUCCACCAGGUGCCUCCUGACACGGAUAGGAAACAAAGAAUAAAAUCAGAUCAUGAAAUCCAACCAUCCUACGAUGGCUAUGGAAACUGUGUGGACGACACGAGAAGUCCUGCAGAGCUUCAGCUUUCUAGUGGAACAUCUCAGGAUGAAGACGAAAGAGAUGUGAAAAAAUGUAAGAGUCAAAUCAAGAUUGGGGACAAAACACAACGCAAACAUCAAAGUGGAAGAACAGGGUUUGCCAAAACUAAAAUCAAACGUCCAGCCUCGCCGUAUCAUAUCACGUCUAUGACCGUAUACCAAAAAGAUCGAGGCCUGGGAUUUAUGAGCUGCAAGGUCGACGAGGAGGAAAAGCUCGAAGAAACUGCCGACGAGGAUAAUGAAAGCAACUUUUCAUCUUCUGAUCUGAGAGCCAAGUGGUUUCUGUCCACCAGCCAGUGGCAGGGGUUCACACCUCUGCACAACCAUGGCAUAGACUCGCUGUGCACUGAGGAAGCAACAGACAUCGAGCAACAAGCAGCGAGCACUGACUACAUCACUGAUUCCACUGAGAUGUCGCCUGCAGUUUCUGAGAGCUUAGAGAAAAUGAAAGAGAACCAUUCGCUCUUCUAUAAGAUUGCAUGCGACAUCAGUAUCUCAGACACUGACAUAACAAAGAAUGACGGGAACACCAACGCCCUGAUUUCAUGUCAGCCAGAGGAGGAAGAAGAACUGUUGAUCACUGAAUCUGAGGAACUGACCAGUGAUGCUGAGAGAUUUCAUAACCAAGGCAGCAUCCUCUUAACUGAUCAACUCCAGGAUCCGACAGUGGAAACCAACGACGAAGCAACGCUUGACACCUCGGAAAAGGUCCAAGAAAAAAAGCAUGAAGACAGUUCAGGAGAAGACACAGAGUUGAAAGUGAAAGUCAAUACCCAUGAAGCUUCUGCUCCGGAUUCUGAUUCUCACAGGCUCCUGGACGAAUGUGCAAAGGAAAGACAUGACAGCUGGACCAAAGAGUCGUGCGAUAGGAAGGUGGACCAAGAGGGAUCUGAGGAGUUGAGGAAACCAAGAAGUUUAAGCGAGGAGAGCAAAGAGACGGUUCGAGAACUAGGCGACAACUCCAUGUAUAAGGGCAGAGGCCUCAUUCGGAGCGCCUCUUUUGGGAAGGCGAGGGUAACGGUAUUAAGGACAAGUUUGUAGGAGCGAGAAUGGCGACGGCUUAGGGAGCUUAAACGAGCAAAUUUGGGAAGGACAAGAACACAGCUAAGUGUUUUAUGGUUGAGGGAAAUAUCCGAGGGGGGAAGGACUGGACCUUACUUUGAGUUGAAAGUGGUAAAAUGGGAACAUAUAAUAUCCGAAAUGGACAUGACCUUUGGUAAACUUGAACAUUUCAGUUAAUCUUAACAUGUGAGUGAUUGGAAACAGAUAUAGGAAAAACAGACUUUUUUUUUAAAAUGUAUACGAGCGUAGCGACGUUCUUGCAGUUGGUAAACACCAAAUAUCGCACGGUUGCAGUCAAAGACGUUGCCCGGAACUUGAGUCUAAUACUUUCAUUCCUCUUUGAAUAUGGUGGCUUCUUAUGGACGGCAACAUAACCCUGUUAACGACACCCACUAAAUGUGUUUUGUAUCUCAAAUAAAUUAUUAAUAAAGAUUCUGUGUGCUAC